AAUCGCACAAUGUUUCGUACAUCCGUGUUUGAUAAAAGUUUGGAGAAUGCCACUAGUAACCUGAACCUGGAACCGGACUGGCAGGCAAUACUGGUCAUCUGUGACACCAUCCGGCAGGGUGAUGUUAAUGCCAAGUAUGCGGUUCAGGCGCUGAAAAAGAAGAUGCAAUCCCCCAACCCGAUCACGGCCAUGUACGCACUGCUGGCGCUGGAAAGCAUUGUCAAGAACUGCGGUACACCCGUGCACGACGAGAUAGCGAACAAGGCAAACUGCGAAAUGUUCCAGACUUUGGUCAACACUACCAAGCACGAGGAAGUGCGGGCAAAGAUGCUCGAGCUAAUACAGGCAUGGGCGUACGCGUUCCGGUCCACCAUAAAGUAUCGCUCGAUAAAGGAUACGAUGAAUAUUCUGAAAACGGAAGGCCAUAAGUUCCCCGAGCUGAAGGAAGCGGAUGCAAUGUUUUCUUCGGAUAUCGCACCCGAUUGGGUGGAUGGAGAUGUGUGCCACCGUUGCCGAUCGCAGUUUACGUUCACCGUGCGCAAACAUCAUUGCCGCAACUGUGGUCAGGUCUUUUGUGCUCAAUGUUCGUCGAAGAACAGCACCCUGCCCAAGUUUGGCAUCGAGAAGGAGGUACGCGUAUGUGAUGGAUGUUACGCUCAACUUCAGCGACCGACGGCAACACUCACCAAGAAACCGACCGAGGAAGAAGAUCUGCCGGCAGAAUAUCUGACCAGCUCGCUUGCCCAGCAGGCACAGGGUCCAGCACGCAAGACGGACGAAGAAUUGCGGGAAGAGGAGGAACUCCAGCUCGCCCUUGCAUUGAGCCAAUCGGAAGCGGAAACGAAGCAACAAGUUCAGGCACGGCGUGUCACGUUUCACAAGGCUCCGGAAUCACCGGAACCGCAAACUCCUCAGGCUCAAGUUAAACGAAGUCCCUCGCCAGUUGAGGAACCACCGUCCGAUCCGGAACUGGCUCGCUACCUAAAUCGCAACUACUGGGAGCAGCGGCAGGUGAUGGAUUCACCGGCUUCUCCAUCGGCACCGAGCCCGAUGCCGAGUCCGAUGCCUUCGAUGCAACCAAGCCUGCUGACCAAGAGCGCACCGGAAGAUGCAGAAAUUGAUGAGUUCUCUAACAUGAUGAAAACGCAGGUGGAAAUCUUUGUGAAUCGUAUGAAAUCGAAUUCGAGCCGUGGUCGGAGCAUUUCGUGCGACAGCUCGGUACAAACGCUGUUCAUGAAUCUGACCUCACUGCAUGCGCGGCUGCUGACGUUCAUUAAGGACAUGGACGACAAGCGUAUGUGGUACGAGCAGCUGCAGGACAAGCUGACGCAGAUAAAGGAUUCGCGUGCAGCGCUGGAUGUGUUGCGACAGGAGCAUCAGGAGAAGUUGCAGCGGAUUGCUGAGGAACAGGAACGUCAGCGACAGUUGCAGAUGGCCCAGAAGCUGGAGAUUAUGAGAAAGAAGAAGCAGGAAUAUCUGCAAUACCAGCGACAAGUGGCUUUGCAGCGCAUUCAGGAGCAGGAACGUGAGAUGCAAAUGCGUCAGGAGCAGCAGAAGGCACAGUAUCGUAUGGGCACGGCAUUCCCGUUCAUGGCGCCUGGUCCGGCACCGGGUCAAGGACCGCAGGGAUCGCCUGUGCAUGUUGGAGGUAUCCCUGGUGGGUAUCCGGGACCGGGAUAUGGACCGUACGGUCCAAUGCCUCCAACAAACGGUACACUUCCACACUAUCAACAACAGCCGCAGCAGCAGCAGCAGCAACCACCGCAGCAAAUGUUUUCACCUCAACAUACCGGACAGUACGGAAUGCCUGGUGCCACCGCUCCGGGUGCCGACGGCCAGGUGUCGAUGCAGCAAGGCCCGAUGCAACCACCACCCGGUGGACCUGGUAUUAUUCCUCCUGGGAUGAAUGUAAUGCCUGGACAGGUGCCACCACCGGGUGCUAUAAAUAUGCCGGGCGGAGGUCACAUGCCGGGAGCACCGAUGAUGGGACCUCCACAACAACCGCAGCAACAGCCGCCGCCGCAGCAGCAACCACCACCACAACAACAAUUACCACCACCAACUCAACAACAGGCCGGUUUAAUGGGCGGAAAUCCAAUGCAACCGUCGAACGAUCUGCAGCAACAACAGCAACAGGUUCCUCCUCCGGUUGCGCUGCCACCCGUAGUGCAGAUUCCACCACCCGCACCGAUGGUCUCUGCUCCGGAAGCAGCACCGGUUGUCGCUCCACCGCCGCAGCAAGCGCAACCUCCAGCCCCAAAUCCUGAACCAGCUACAGCGGAAUUAAUUAGCUUCGAUUAAAGA